AUGGCAAAGACCAAGAUCAAACGAAGAGGAUCCUGGAGUUUGAAUUCUGACUCGGAUUCAUCCGAAAGCGAAAUUAGUAGUAGUGUUGUCAGUUCAUCAGAAGAGGAACCACCAGUUCGCAAGAAGAGUAGUAGGAACAAUCGCUCUAGCGCCAGGAAAUCUAGACGAGCCCUUGACCCAGAGUCUGAACCAGCGCCUUCAAGAAAAAGCAGCAAGACGAAGCCCAAGAAGGACAAGAAAAGCAGAAAGUCGGGCUACGAAUAUUCAUCAAGCGACACGAGUUCAGAUGAGUACAACACGGAUGAUAGCUCUAGCGACGAUGACCGACCUUUUGGGAGAAAAGGCAAGCCAAGAACGUCUCAUCAGGAAUUUGGAGAUCCUAGAAGCCAGAAGAAAAACAAAGAAACGGAUGACGACACCGAAAGCAAAUCCUCUGCCAAUGAGGACGAUUCCAAUAGCAGUGGUAGUAUGAAGUCUCCACCCAAGAAAACUGCCACCAAAUUAAAUAAGUAUGUGGAGCAGAAUCCAGAUCGUACACCUGCAGAUGUCGAGAAUCAAUAUGACGAUGACGAAGAUGGGGGAGAUUCUUCUGAGCGCAAAUUCAACAAUCGGAAGUUGAAUGCAAUCCCCGAGGAGGAUAGUUCUACUAGUACUCCAAUGGAGCAGCGCCCCAACAACCCAGCCUUCCACAGCGUGCCUAGGAAUGGUGCGAAGGAAACGAAUACCGACGAUAACUCGGACGAGGAGGAAGAUGACGAAAGCGAUGACGACAAACCAAUCCCAGAACGGCGACGAUUCUUGACGCGAGAAAGGAAAAUCAUCACCUGUCUAACCUUGGGUUUGUGUUGCUUAUGUUUGGCGGCAGCACUGGGCAUCGGAAUUGGCAUUGGACUGGCUUCAAGAGACAUUCAUGACCACGUGGUUCCUGUCCAGUCGGGCGUGGAGCCGACGCCACCUCCGAAUGGCAAUGGCACCCAAUCGCCUACAAUUCAACCGUCACCACCACCUGACACCACAUUGCUCCAACUGCUGAUUGAUAACUCCUUCGACGAAGGUUCAGCGCUCUCAAUAGAAGGGACUCCACAGAGGAGUGCAUAUGAAUGGCUGUCACGGAAUGCCGAGCUGCCUAACUACACGAAUGAGGUCAAGUUAGCUCGAUAUGCGUUGGCAACCUUUUACUUUUCUACCAAUGGACCAUCGACUUGGGCCGAGAACAUUCGCAAUGGCGGUUGGAUGACCGAUGUACCUGAAUGCGAAUGGGCCUCAACCGCCCGAAAUCAAUGCACGGGUGCUAUAUACUCGAGCCUAACGUUGGAUUUUGUCGGUGUUUCAGGAGAAAUACCGCCCGAACUUGCGUACUUGACGGGUUUGACGCGAUUGAGCCUUCGUAGUGAAGGAGCUGGCUCACAGUCCAUUGCAGGCAGUUUGCCUAGUACAAUUGGUCUAUUGAAGAAUCUUCAGACCAUUCGACUCAAUGAGAACAACAUAGGAGGGUCAUUGCCUACUACAAUUGGAAGUUUGACAAAUGUAAGAGUCUUUCUCAUGAGUGGCAACUCUUUAGAAGGCUCCAUCCCAAGUGAAAUCGGAAGGACAAUGGGGAAUACUUUCAAUUUUGACCGCAAUCGUCUCACUGGUAGACUGCCAGUGGAACUAUUUCGUAUGGGAACUUUGACAGCAUUGAACUUUGAAGACAACACGAUUUCAGGGCAGAUUCCAAGGGAUAUUGGAAUGAAUCCUAGUCUCAAUUCUGUCAACUUCUCAAGCAAUAGAUUGACUGGGACCAUACCGACCGAGCUUGGCCGAUUGGUCACGAUGCGGUCGGGAAUUAAUUUGUCCAAUAACCAGCUCUCUGGAGUCUUGCCUUCAGAGAUUGGUUUUCUGGUCGAUAUGCAAAAUUUGCAACUGAACAAUAACCGAUUGAUUGGAAGAGUGCCCCGACAGUACGACGCAAUACGAGACAUGAGACUCCUCCGAAUUGACGGAAAUCUGCUCACUGGAGAAAUGCCAACGAGCGUGUGUGAUUCCUUUACGGACAGGACUAUUAGCUAUUCGGAUUGUGGCACCCAAGCAUUCCAAUGCCCUUGUUGCACGUUUUGUUGCAUUGGGUCAUCGUGCACGUGUAAUGUGGACGAUGAAUCAAUUUGUAAUGGGGCUGUUCCAGAGUCAGUAUCGAUGGAAUCGGAUCAAACGACAUUAUCGGGACUGUACUACUCAGAGACUGAAGAAAACAAGGGGAAGUUUUUUAGGGACUCGAGUCGUCGCAUACUGGCUUCAAUGCCGUAG